AGGAUGAAUUGAUUACUGUGUAGUUGGACAAGUCGAUAGUAGUUGGUGUCUGUUUCUGUGAGGGCCUACUUGUCAUUUCAUGUAAGUUUUAUUCAGAGAAAGUCAGAGCUGAAGGAUGUAAUUUGAUGAGCUAAUUUUAAAGCCAACGUUUCUUCUCAAAGUUCGUUAAAAGUUAAAGUGUACCCGUGUAUCCCUCCCCCCCACACCCCCCCAUUGAGGAAACUGAAGUGACACGCAGAGCGGAUGCUGGAGCGAACAGACAGUUUUGCGGUGAGCUGUCUGUCUCUCUGUCAGUGAGCCUGCGCGGCUCGAUGUGUGAUAGCGGGAGGAGGAAGACAGACAGACAGUUACCGUGGCUGAAGGUCUGCCUGGAUGGCACCGAGCUCCCGCUGAGCGACAGCGGCAGAGCACCCAAGUGGCGAGUAGGGGGAUGGGUGGGGGGGCUGUACGUGAAACUUAAAGAAGUCAGCAUGGACGGCAAAGGCACCCUGAAGAUGUUCACUAGGAAGAAACGGGAACUAAUAAAGACGCCUUCCAUCUCGAAGAAGAGCAGAGCAGGAAGCCCCGGGCCGCAAAGCAGUGCGCCGUCCGCACUCUCCAUUCUCCAGGAGCAGCCACGGAAAGAUGCAGGCGACGUCACCCUCUCCUCCUCUCCCUCGUUUUCCACCUCCUGUUCCAAUCUCACCCCAACCUCUGCUGGGGCCCAAGACCCCUCCCUGUCCUGUCCAGGGACACCGAGCACUCAGCACAGCAAGCUGGCAAUGCAAGGGGUCGGCUGCCCUUCUCCUGUGUCCACACUGAAGAGGCCGACCGCACUGAGCAGACACGCCAGCGCUGCAGGAUUCCCACUGCAGUCAUGGGUUUUCACUAAAGGUCAGGGGAGAGGAGCCUUGACCCCGACCCCAACAUCUGAAAGUCCAGAGAGCACAGCCAUUGAGGUAGAAGACAUCCCUGCCCUGCUGAGGGAUGUGGCGCGUUUUGCUGAGGCCGUGGAGAAGCUGAAAGAUGUUGUGCUGGCUGAAGGUAAGGAGAGUCAGCGGCCUGUGGCUCAUGAGUGUCUGGGCGAGGUCCUACGGGUGCUGCGUCAGGUCAUCAACACUCACCCUCUGCUCAACACCGUGGAGAUCCUCACUGCUGCCGGCAAGCUCAUAUCCAAAGUCAAAGGUUUCCACUAUGAGGCCUCCAAUGAAACAGAUAAACUGGACUUUGAGAAAGCGAUUGAAACCAUCGCUGUUGCUUUUAGCAGCAAUGUGUCUGAACUUCUGAUGGGAGAGGUAGACAGCAGCACAUUGCUCUCCUUGCUGCCCACUGAGAAGAGCAGGUCAAUGGAGAACUUGUACACUGCAACAGGCCAAGGAACAGACGGGGGAACAUUCAGGAGUGACCUGCAGGACAUGGGCAGAGUUGAGGAGGUGGAUGUGGUCCUCCAGCGCAGUGAAGGAGGGGUGGACUCUGCUUUGCUCUAUGCAAAAACCAUUUCCAAGUACAUAAAAGACCUGAUCAGCUACGUGGAGAAGAGAACUUCACUGGAGGCAGAGUUCUCCAAAGGCCUCCAGAGAUUAUACCAGUCCUGCAAACACAGCAUAACACAUCCACACAUGCCCCUCUAUUCUAUUUACUCCCUGGCUCUGGAGCAGGACCAGGAGCAAAGCGUGGGGCUGCAGCAGGCCAACACCACCCUGCACAGUCAGACCUUCAUCCAGCCUCUGUUGCAGCGUAAACAGGAGCAUGAAAAGAGACGGAAGGAGAUUAAGGAACAGUGGAUCCGAGCUAAAAGAAAACUGAUGGAGUGUGAGGUGAACCUUCGUAAAGCCAAACAAGUUUACAUGGUCCGUUACGAGGAGUAUGAUAAGGCCAAAACAGCAGCUUGCAGAGCUGAAGAAGAAGGAGGAGGCUCCACAGCGAAGUCUCUGGAGAAGAAGAAACGAUUAGAGGAAGAGGCUCACAACAAGGCAGAUGAGGCAGAGGCCACCUACCGUACUUGUAUUGCAGAUGCCACAGCUCAGCAGCUGGAGCUGGAGCACACAAAGGUCACAGUGCUGAGACAACUACAAGAUGUCAUCAAACAGAGCGACCAGACACUUCGCUCGGCAACCAUCUCGUACUACCAGCUCAUGCACAUGCAGACAGUGGCCUUACCCGUCCACUACCAGACUCUGUGUGAGAGCAGUAAGCUGUACGAUCCCGGCCAGCAGUACGCCGCUCAUGUGCGGGACCUGCAGCUGCCUGAGCAGCCACAGGUCCAAUACUCAUUUGAGAAUUACUCUCCCUCCAGCUCGUCACAGCAUGGCCACAGACCAAGGAAGGACAGUUUCAACACAGAGCAGUCAAGCCAAACAGACAGCCCUGCAACCAGCGUGAACACUGCAGCUGCAGAGCUCAGAGACACAGAGGCUCAGCGCAAGAGGCAGGGACACAAGUCAUGGGGUUCAACGGUGAGUGAUGACAGUGUUGGAGGAGAGGGGGGCCUUGAUUCUCCUUCGGCCAGCACAAGUGAUAUCAGCAAAAUUCCUCGGACGUCAUCCACUGGAACAAUGUCAUCCAAUGAGGAUGCAGAUGAGAAAGAUAGUACUGUCACCUCUUUUGAGACUCAAAGUAUCAACGGCAUGGAUCCGGAUGUCGUGGUGUCCACCAGACCUUUCCGUAACAUUGGCCUGUCUAGAGCAGCUCAGACCCACAAACUGAGAAAGCUGCGGACUCCUGCCAAGUGCCGCGAGUGUGACAGCUAUGUUUACUUCCAGGGGGCAGAGUGUGAGGAGUGUUUUCUAGCAUGUCACAAGCGCUGUCUGGAGACUCUAACCAUCCAGUGUGGCCAUAAGAAGCUACAGGGACGCCUGCAGCUGUUUGGCAGGGAGUUUUCUCAGGUGGCUGGCUGUUCGGGCGAUGGCAUUCCCUUCAUCAUCACCAAGUGUAUCUCUGAGAUAGAGAGAAGGGCACUCAAGAUGAAGGGCAUCUACAGGGUAAAUGGAGUGAAAACUCGUGUGGAGAAGCUCUGUCAAGCCUUUGAGAAUGGCAAGGAGCUGGUAGAGCUGUCACAGUGUUCACCACACGAUAUCAGCAACGUCCUCAAGCUUUACCUCAGACAGCUGCCAGAGCCCAUCAUGCUGUUCCGCUUGUACAACAGUCUGAUGGGUUUGGCCAAGGAAAGUCUCCACAGUGAAGAAGACACAACUGUAGAUGAAGCUGAGUCAAGCAGUAGUAUUCCAGGAGCAGGCAAGGGGCCGGAGCUGGUGGAUCUGGGCCCUGACACUGAUCCAGAGGUCUUGGUCCUUGUGGAAAAGCUAAAGGAGCUUCUGAAAGAGCUACCCAAGGCAAACAUUUCUACCCUUCGUUACAUUAUCCGUCACCUUCGCAGGAUUGCUGAGCUAGAGGAAGAUAACAAGAUGAGUCCCAGUAACUUGGGUAUUGUCUUUGGUCCCUCCCUUAUGCGUCCUCGUCCAACUGGAGCCACGAUAUCCCUUUCAUCUCUGGUUGAUUACCCCCAUCAGGCCCGCAUCGUUGAGGCCAUGAUCGUCUUCUAUUCAUCCAUUUUUUACUCCAAAACCUCUCAGUCCCACAAAACUGGUCGCUCUGCUUCUGCCUCUGCUCAGCAGGAUCAAAAUGAAGAUACCAAGGUAGAGAGACCUGCUGAUGGAGAGGAUGAUGGAGGCGGAGAGGAGCAGAAUAAACCAGAGUCUGACAAGAUGGAGGAGGGAUGUGAGAGUUCUUUAGGGUCAUUGGGGUCUAGUGAGCAGCUCCCUGACUCUGACUCAGAAGUUGAUGAAAGCAGCCAAAGGACUACACAGUCCAGCAUCCUGUUGAAGCAGGAGAGUGAGAUGAGCAUGGACGACGAUCAGCUAAGCUACAGGGACAGUUUGGACCUGUCCAGUCAGUCCGCAACUCUAACUUACCUGGAACAAGAUGCAGAUAAGGACCAAGACAACCCAGACGGAGCAGAACCCCCAGCACUGCCAGACAGCAGACCUCCAGAUGAUGACACAGGGGCAGAGAACGACCUGUGUGCCUCUCUGGCUGAGCUUAAUGUCAACCAGUCCAACAACAACUACCAACACUCCUCCAUUGUAAGCCUGUCAGAGCUCCCAUUGUCACGUCUGUGUGGUAAGAAAAUACCCCUGACACGGAACAGGGACAAUGAGCCUGAGUUUGUCUGAAAUUGUCCCAGGAAUUAUUUUGUAGGGUUUGAUGGCUUGAGUUGAAGGACGAGUGUGAAGUUUUCAGACAUCCAAAAAGGAGAUUGCUACACUGUAUGCAUGGAAGUUGUAUACGUGUAGCUGUAAUGACCUUACCUAGCAGUCAAACAUCUGUGUGCUUACUGCUGUUAAAUGCAAUCAGUCCUUUAAAUUUUUUAGUUUUAAAGCAAAUUAUUAAAAGGGCAUUUUGUGCCAGUUUGUAUUUUAAAAGCAUUUACCUGUUUCUCUUUAAAGCUUGUAGAAAGUGGGUCAUAACUCAUAUCAAUGUUUAUGUGCAAAAUUUCCAAAUACAUUUGAAAGUGCUGCUGGUUGUUUUCAGCACUAAAUCUUUAAUAAUAAAUUUAGCAAUUUCUGAUAUGUGUUUCCUGUAAUGCCUUGUUAUGAAUUUUGAUCUAUUUUAAUAAACAUUUUUAAGUCA